AUGGAUACGACAAUAUCACCAAUGUAUAAGCUAUUAUCUAUUCACGAGCAUCCUCUUCUCCCUUCAGCUAUGUUCAUUGUCGGGAAAUGUGAUGGUUGCCGGAGAUCAAUCAUCACCCUUCCCAUCCUGAGCAUCCUCUCUUGCUCACUAAGAUGGCUCCAGCGGAAGAGGGUAAUCGAUAGCUUUUCUUAUAUAUGUCUCAAGUGUGGUUUUAUUGUCUCUGUAUUUUGUGUUGGCUUACCCCACAUCAUAAACACCAAUCGUCACGAUCAUCGCGUCGCUUUUAUGCAUCAUCUUGGCCGUAAGGGUGCAAAAUGUGGAGUUUGUCGGGAAAGUUUAAGUCAGUACUACGGAGCUUAUUCUUGCUCGAUUUGCCCUAAGUAUGUAGUUCACUUACAAUGUGCUGUUGAUUUUAAUUUAUGGAAUGGUGUGGAACUCGAAGGGAUACCUGAGACCAGCGAAGAUAUUGUACCAUUUAAAGUGGUGGGUGAUAAUCUGAUACGUCAUUUCAUGCAUGAAAAACAUAUUUUACUGCUCUUGAAAGAUUAUGACAUGGUUGGUGACGACUACGAGAGGGUACGAUGUGAAGCAUGCGUCUCACAGAUCGGGUUAUUUGGCCUAGUCUACAGUUGUCAGGAAUGUCGUUUUUUUCUCCACGAAAAGUGUGCUCAUCUUCCUAUGAAGAAAAACCUUGUCUUUAACCCCACACCGUACAUGUUGGAGUAUCAAGGCAAGGCUGUAUACUGUUACUUGUGUGGUUUAUUCGAGACAAAUCCUCUCAUACCCCUAUAUCUUAUAACACAAUCUCAAAAGGACCUUUUUGUUCUUUUAAUUUUAUAAGUCAAACGAAAAAUCAUAAAAUUAAAAUGGAAAAGUUAAUAUUUUUUAUUUGAUUUAUAGAAUUUGAUAAAAAUAUUUCAAAAAUCCAAAAAUGUUGUUUUCCAUAUUUUCGAAAAAAUCAUCAAAAUAUAAUUAAAAACGAUUUUAAAAUAUUUUUUUCUGAAUUUGAAAGGUAUAGAAUUUAAAUAUUUGUCUAUGGGUUCACUAAUCCAUAAGGGGGGGUUAGGGUUUAGUUUUGAUGAGCGGAAAGGAUUUGAUUUGGAAGUUUGGGUUUUGAUCAAAAAAAAAUUAUGAAAAAGGGGCAUAAGAGAUCAAAUGAGCUCAUAAGAGAUUAUCUCUAUAGAAAUAGGGGCAUGAGAGUAGUUGGCUCGGUUUAUUCUCUGGUGGUUUUAAGUACACAUCGCAAGACCCUUUUGGGAAUUAUUCCUUUGUAGAUGUACAUUGUAGUUCCAUUUCUGAGCCAUUCGUCCAUAAUGCCCAUUUGCAUCCCUUAUAUUUUGUUGAAACAGUGGAGAACAGUCCUUGCGAUGCAUGUACAAGAUUUCAAGAUGGCUACGUUCUCAAUUGUAGUGAUUGUGACUUUGACUUGUGUUUGUAUUGUGCUACUUUGCCAGAGAAGAUAUGGCAUAUAAGCGAUGAGCACCCUCUCACUUUAUAUCAUGGCGGAAAGAAGGCGACCGGCACAAACUGGUGCGAAGUUUGUGAGAUGGAGUUAGAUUCAAGUAAAUGGUUCUUUACAUGUUUUGGUUGUGGGGUCACUUUGCAUGAUAAAUGCGUACUAGGAGACUUCUCACGUCUCACUCCAAACUAUUCCGUUCCCUUUCGGGGAAAAGAAUAUUCAGUGAUUCUUAACAAUCAGAACAGUCGGCCAUCUUGCAGAAGUUGCCACGAUCGAUGCAAGGCCCCAGUCAUCUUACAAGUCAAUGACGAACAUAAUGGAUACAUUUGCUCCAAUUCUUGUUUAUAUAGGGUCUUUUAAAACCAAAACCAAAAGAUUAUAGCGAAAGAGAGGCUGGUUUGUUAUUUAUCAAAACGCAAGUUAUGUAAUAAUGUAUUUUUCUUUUGUUAAUGUGUAAAUAAUAAUAAAAUGAUUCUCAUUGUAAAUAAAUUCUUUUCAAGAUUUCAGGAAUCAUUUCAUCA